AUGUAUACUUCGUUGGUCAAAAUCACAAAAACUACCAAUAUCAAUGUACCUACUUUUGAAAAAUAUUCACAAUUAUAUUCAACUCAUUUACAAGCUUUAACAUGUCCAUGUACUACAAUAUCCAUUGAUUAUAAAAAGUUUCUCAAUGUUGAAUAUACAUUUCAUCAAGUAUGCAGUAGUAUUUAUGUAACCAAUGAUUGGAUAAAUUACAUUGCUCCAUCUUUUGGCGAUCAACCCUAUGAUCCUCCUAAUUUUGUGUGGACAAGUACAAAUAUAUUUCAAGCUUUGAGUGCAUUUUGUGAAUUAACAAAUAAAACAAUUUCUAAAAGUUUGAAUCGGUUCUAUUCAAAUCAGUAUAUUAGUGCCAUGAUAACACCGGUACACAUAUUUGAAUCACAAAUACAAUCAAUGCUUGAACAAUUUAUAUAUUCAACAACAAAUCAUUUCUUAUUGUCAUUACAAACUAUACGAGAUACAACUCAAGCCAAUGCUUUGCUCUCGGCAAAACAAACAAAUAUUUUAGUGUAUUUUCUAUAUGAAAAUACUAUUGCAACCGUAGCACCAUUAUACUAUGAUGAUUGUGAUUGUGGCUAUUCAGCUAAAUGUAUUGUACAAUCAUUUAUUUACAGUUAUCCUAAUUUAACAGAGUUAUUUUCAAUACCAGGUCAAUAUGUAGGAUGUUUUCCGCUUGAAUCAUUAUUACAAUCGACUCUUGAAUGUUUUUAUAAUCAAACAUGUGUCGAUAUAUUACAUUCAUAUUUAGUAUUUAAUUCAUCUAUGAAUGUAACAGCACUUGAUGCAUCUUUACCAAGUCGUUUCUUUGUAAAUUCAACAAUACAAGAACUUGUUAAUAAAUUAAUGGUUGAACAAUGGAAUCGAUCUACGAUGUAUGAGAGGUAUUUUAAUUCAUGUCAACCAAUAAGUUGUACCUAUAAUUAUGCAACAAGAAAUGAUAUCAUUUAUAUUAUUACUACAUUGUUAGGUCUAAUUGGUGGCAUGGUAACAGUUUUAGAACUGUUUGUACCACUAUUAGUUAAACUUGCAAGAUGGAAAAAAAGAGCACCAACUGAACAAACAGGUAAGAUGAAGCAGCUGUAG